GAAUUUCAGACGGCGGAGCCACGAGUGCGUUCAUCGUGGGAAUAAUCGGUGAAAUAACGGAAUACCUCGGUUUUGGAGAGCACCCGGGGGUCGUGUGAGCUCGCCGCUCCGCUAUGGGUCCCGGUGUUCGCGCUGCUGGAGGUUUUUAUCGGUGAAAAAGUCCAGAAAAGGUCCAGAUGUGGCCGCCACCUCUGCUGAGACUCCUGUUCAUGAACGGCGAGGACGCUUCGAUCGGGCGGCCGCGGCUCGGCCUGGAGGGAUGACACGGCGCUAGCAGACAUGGAGACCGGAGAGACUCGCUCGCUCAGCCCACACUCUGCACCUUAGAGGCCCUCAGGACUACAACCAAGCCAUUUUUGUAGUUUUUUUUUUUUUUUUUAAACUUAGUUUCUGUGUCAGUUAUUGUGAAGCCAUAGCCGCCGGGAUGAGCUCGGAGGGCUUUCAGUACCGAGCGCUGUACGACUACAAGAAGGAGCGCGAGGAGGACAUCGACCUGCACGUCGGCGACAUGCUGCUGGUCAGCAAAGGAGCUCUGCUGGCGCUCGGCUGCAGCAACGGAGCCGAGGAGCGGCCGUCGGAGAUCGGCUGGCUGCCGGGCUUCAACGAGACCACGCAGGAGAAAGGCGACUUCCCCGGGACAUACGUGGAGUUCGUGGGCAGGAAGAGGAUGUCGCCGCCCACGCCGAAGCCCCGCCCAGCCAGGCCGCCGUCGGCAGCGUCGGCGAGGACCGACUCGGAGUCGGAGGGUGAGUGAGCUCGUUUAGACACGUUACUGGGUCGGUUUGGUCCAGAGUCGGGCCUCGUGGCUCUGAGGAGCAUCUUUGUCUCCACUUUAUCGUCAGAACUCUGCAACCAGAGUUCUUUUUGGUCUCUGAUGCGGCGUUGGACCAGCGCUCCGAUCUCUGAGCUGUUGAAGGUGUCGAGUUGUUGUUCUUGUUUAUCUUGUGUUUAUGCGUCGCCUCUUUAUUCUACAGUCGUGUCUUCUUGUUUUUCUUACGUCACUUUGCUGCUGUGACGUUGCAGAUUUCCCGUAGUGGGACUAAUAAAGGAUCCUCUGAACAUGACCCAUGAAAUAGUCCAGAUUCUGCUUUUGGUUCCUCUUCUCCUCCAGUGUUGGACAGCUGCUUUGUGGCUGUAAAAAGUCAGAAUGUACAUGUUUUUGUGCCUUUCAGAUCUUCUCUUUGUCGUUUUGUUGACAUUUUUAAUAGUUUUGAAUAUAUUUAGUGUCAUUGUGGACAUUUUUUUUUGUAAUUUUUGAGUUUUUAUGAGUGCAAAUGACUCAAUGAGACGCUACAAACAGUCUGAAAACAGCCCAGAAAUAGUCCACAGGCAACUCUUUGGUUCCUUCUUUCCUUCGUUGAGCUUUUAUAGCGUCUUUUUUUGUGCCUGUGAAACGUCUGAAAACUAGAAUUUCAACUCACUUUAGGCCACCGUGGGCUAUUUUUGUGUGUGUUCAGACAACUUGACCCAUUCUGGAUCAUUUCUGAUUAAUUCUGGACCAUCGUCGAGCCGUUUUUGUGUCACUCAGACAAAAACGAGCUUUGUUAAAUCUAUACGACACAUUAAACAGUUCAUGUUCUGCCGUUUGGUUCCACGUUUCCUGUAGAACUGCUUUUAAAAAGUCAGCAAAUGAGAAUUUUGAAUCACUUUGUACAAAUUUUAAGUCAUUUUAGGUCAUUUUUCUUGUCAUUUUGGGUCAUAAACAAGUCAUUUAGGCAAGUUUGUCAGUUUAGAUGCAAAUGAUUUGUCAUUUUAAACAAGUUUUCCUUCAGUUUGGACAAAUCUUCAUUUCAGAGCCGAAGAGCUGCAAACUAGAGAUUUGAAUUACUUUAUAUAAAUGUAUAUUAUUAUAUUUUUCAGGCACUUUGCACAGUUUUCAAGUAAUUUUGCAUAUUUUUCAGGCACUUUGUUGUGCAUCAUUCAAUUCGCUAUUUGAGGUCUGAGAGCUGCAAACCAGACUUUUGAGUCACUUUGUGCAAAUCUUAAGUUAGUUUACAUAUUUUUCAAGCACACUUUUCGAGUCAUUUAGCUCUUUGGGGGCAUUUUGUACAGAUUUUAAAUGAUUUCUUUUCAACAUUUUCAUCUCUCGGGUCUCGGAGACGAACACAGGCGGCUGUGAACGUUUCUGGUCAUUAUUUUAAGCCGUCGUCGUUUCUUUUUGUGUCACGUUGCUCUGAAGAAACUUUCCAGCCUGAGAAGUGGCUCAGUGUGACUCACACACCUCCACUUCCUUCAGCUGCUUCCUCCCAGCAGCUCAACACACAACAACACACACUGCAGUCUGAGCUUCUGUCAGGUGUUUGUACCCGAACCUGAACCCUGAGACCCGGUCUGGACACUGAAGCUGUCCUCUGAAGGCUCGUGCUGAGGCCAGGACACGCUGAGACGUCCUCGCCUCCGGACCUGGAGCUCUGCUCGGCCCUCACAGAGAUAGAGAGUCACGUACCGGAGGUGGUGUUAGUCAGGCUGUGGUUGCUGACUGAACAGAUCUGAGCUGCUGCUACCAGAGAACCAGGAUGUGUGAUUUACCGUCUCUGAGUGUGUGUCGUGGUUAGAGCUGCUGCUUGUGUGGUAAAGAUGAUUGUUUUCUUUAUCUGCCCAGAGUUCUGAACCACGAAGAAGCUUCAUCACAUCCAGACAAAAACUAAAACCUCAGUCAGAGCUAGCAGGUACCACAGAGGUGCUUCAGCUGCCUCUUCCUCAGACUCUGUUCUCAUUGAAGGAGGCGUUUAACGCGUCAUGUGACUCCUCUGCAGUAAACGGAACAAACAUAGAAACACGUUGAUGUGACUUCUGCAUCAGCAGCUGAAUACCUGUAGGUUUCCAUGGCAACAGGAUGCCUCCAGUGGUGAUGCUGUAACUGCUUCAUUCAGUGGUUUUAGUAACGUACAGAUCAGCAGGUUCACAGAGAAAACAUCAUCA